AUGGCAGAACCGCCUGCUACGCCGCCUGCCGAGCUCGUACAGCAGCUAGAGAGCUAUGCCACGGCGCCAGGUCCUCCCGACCAGCUUGUCCAGCUCCUACGCCCUCCUCGUCUCGGCUUGCGCUCCACUCCUUCCCUCAGACGAGAUUACGGCGGCUGCACCGGCUUCUGGCCAAGCCUGGAAAAAGUCUGGCAGGUCGAAGCAGGACGGCUUGAGCAGGACGAGAAGGACUCUAUCCCGGCUGUGACGGCUUUGGCAGCGUUCGUGCUCAGUCUGUGCACUGCGAACGAAGUGAACCAGGAGUCUGCGCUAACGUACAUCGAGCCGCACCUUCGCCGCAUUCUCUUGGCUGCUUCUUCGCUCGUGAACUUCGAGAAUGGCGAAUACACCACUAUGACCCGGGUUUGCUGUCAAACGCUGGCCAACCUCGUCACUGCGAACGAUGGCAUCGGUGGGCGGUACUUCUCGCAGCGGUUGAGGGAUGAAGAGGAGGACAAACUGCUCCAACGCCUACUCGCCUCGCCCGAUCACGGUACACUCCAGGCGGUCCUCAUCUUCCUGCUCAACUCAAUCCACGACAACCGAGAACGAGCCAUGCUACUUGCGACCACACCAGCUGGGGCAGCCAUUCUCGACCGACUGAUGGUACUCGUUGGCGCACUCUUCGAAGGCGAGACGGCCGAAGGCAUCGCGCACGGCGAGUUCACCUCCGACAUUUUCCAGAUCUCCUUCGCCAUCAUCCAGCAACUCAUCUCGCUCGAGGCGUUCGUCCCUGCUUACGAAGGACACGCCCUGAUGCCCGGCUUCUCUAUCUCUCCGACCCUAGUCACCAUGCUCAAGUUCCUCGACGGUCACCUCUCGCUCGCUGGACAAGCAACCACGCCCUCCUCUCUCGCCCUCGUCCCAUUCCUCAUCCGCCAGCUCAUCGCGCUCGGCACGAGCGUCAUGGAGCAGAAGGAGCGAGCGAUGGAUGCAGCGGACGCAGCGACGUUCCAGGGCGUCGUGCUCGUCUUGCAUUGCUUGGUGUCGAUUGGGCUGGCGCUGGAUAGUCAGGAGGAAGGACAGAGAGUCGAGGCAAGAGAAGAAGCGGAGAGCAAGAUGGUGAAGGGUGUCGAGGCCGUUGUCCGGCUACUACGCUUCUCGCAAACCCUCAUGCCGCCGCCAACGCCUCGUCUGACGCCUCCAACGUCUAAGAACGGCACAGACGCCGCUUCCACCGCCAUCUCAGACACAUCGUCGGCCCCAACACCGUCGCCCGAAGUUUCCGCAGCCGUCGCGCAACUGCAACGCCUCUCCGCCCAAUUCCUCGGCAUCGUCUCUUUCAUCCCUCCUGCCGGUGUUACGUAUACCAUGAAAGCACGGGCAAAGGCGGUGCAGGACAAGGUGCGAGAGUGCGGAGGGCUGGAGCUGUUGCUCAGCAUGUGCCAGAUUGACGAGCGGAAUCCGACUAUGCGCGAACAUGCGCUCUUUGCGAUCCGCAACCUCCUGCGGAAUAACCAGACGAAUCAGGACUUUGUGGACGGUAUGAAGCCGCAGUACCGAGUUGGAGCAAACGGCGAGCUGUUCGACCUGCCGCCUGCUCUGCGAACGGGGUGA